CUAAACCUGUUUAUAGGACUUGCACAAUUAUAUCAUUACUCUCUCUCUCUCUCUCUCUCUCUCUCUCUCUCCUCUUUCUCUCUCUUCUUCAACACCAAACACAACAAGCUGUUUUUGCUUCACUGUUAACAGUUUCAUUCGUUGCAUAGAAAGGAAGAUAACUACCUUUGUUUUCUGAGCUGAAUAUAUAAUAUAUAAAGAUUUGAUUUUUAUUAUUUUUGUUGAACUGUUUUCUAUAUAUAAGUUGAAGAUGGAGAGAGAUUUCAUGGGCUUAGCUGUCAAGCAAGAGAUUUCUGAUGAACCCAUUGAUGCAGCUCCAUUAAGAAGUUCACAAAUGCAGUGGUCAUUCUCAAAUAAGUCACCUUUUCAAGGUGCUCAAGAUCACAAAUCAUACUCUGGUUUCAUGCAGAAAGACAUUGUUUCUGAAAAGCAAAGUGGAGUUGGCUAUACAAUGACAACUUAUCCUACACAUCACCGUUUCGUUAACCGAACGGCAAUUCCUUCUAGAAGCCCCGUUGUCGGAACUACCGAUUUAAGGAGCUCUUCUAAAAGCUCGGUUGCUCCUGCACAGUUGACCAUCUUCUAUAACGGUUCUGUUUCUGUUUACGACAACAUUUCUUCGGAAAAGGCUCAGGCGAUUAUGUUAUUGGCUGGAAACGGGCAUCCUCCGUUGAAUUCUAUUCCAACAGUCACAGCAGCAGCAGCUCCGGUUCAAGCAUCGAUGCCUAGAUCUUCGAUUCUUGAUGGCUUCGUCGUAAGUCAAAGUCAACCUUUUAGUACUACACCGUUUCGGUCAAGCCCCACAGCUAUAACGACGUCUGUUAGCGGUUCUCGAUUUUCCGGUUGGCCUAGUACUAUCAUUGAUAUGAAUGCUAAUAAACAAGGCGGCAAUAUUCUUGUACCUUCGAACAGAGUUGAUCAGCCUCAGAAAGUAGUGAAUGCAACCGGCACUGUACCUCAAUUUCGGAGAAAAUCUUUGGCUCGGUUUUUAGAGAAGCGCAAGGAGAGGGUGGUAAAUACUUCGCCGUAUGCCGAUAGCACUAGCUAACGAAGGAGCUUAAUUUGCCGAUUAUAUUACAUAUAUAUAUAUAUAUAUAUACAUAUAAGUCGAAGGAUUUACUUAGACUUGCUACUUUGCAUAUACGUCUCGUAUUCUUUCUUGACUUUAUAUGUUUCGACUGUACUCUUGACGUUUUUUCAGUUCUCCAUUUUUGCUGUAACUGUGAUCGUAGUUUUUUUGUUUAUCCGAUCACGCUAAGAAUGCCAUCCGCCUAUGAUUUUAUCAUAAUUACAUUGUAUACAUAUUAAUCAUGUCAUUGUAAGAACAGUUGUAUUAAGAAUUGUUUAGCAAUAGAAAGAUUAUAUAUAUACAGUAGAACCUCGA